AUGCAUUUGAUCAAAUCUUUAAAGCAGUCAAAUGCUGAUAUUAGAAUCUUAUGGAGUUCUGUUUUUCUACGUAUGGCCAGUUAUGGAUUAACUAAUCAAGUUUUAACCCUAUAUUUAAAAUCUUUAAAUAUUGAUGAAUCAAAUAUAGGAUUAUUUAUGACAUUAACUUUAAUUGGUGAUACUCUUAUAUCAUAUUAUUUAACAUGGAAUGCCGAUAAAAUUGGCAGAAAAUUAGUUAUGAUUAUUGGAACAAUAAUGAUGUUUUUAUCAGGUUUAGUAUUUUAUUUUGCUUCUAAUUUUUAUAUAUUAUUAAUUGCUGCUAUAUUUGGUGUAAUAUCACCAAGUGGGGAUGAAACUGGUCCAUUUAAAAGUGUUGAAGAAGCAAGUAUUGCUCAUUUAACUCCUCAUAAUCAUAGACCUGAAAUAUUUGCAUUUUAUGGAUUAUUUGCUACUUUUGGUGCUGCUUUAGGUUCAUUGAUUUGUGGUGGUUUAAUUGAUUAUUGGCAUGAAAAUUUAAAUAUACCUUUAGUGGUUUGUUAUAAAUAUGUAUUUCUUGUUUAUGCAGUUAUUGCAUUUGCUAAAUUUUGCUUAAUGUGUUUAGUAUCUGGUAAAGUAGAAGUUGGAGUUGAAAAUUUUAUUGAUGAACAUACUGAAUUAUUAAAUGAUCAUCAACAUUCUACACCAGAAAAUGGUGGUGAUAAUGAUGAUGAUGAAAAUAAUAAUGUUGCAAAAGAUUCUACUUCAUGGUUUGAUUUGUCAAAAACUGCAAAAUAUUAUUUACCAAGAUUAUUAUGUGUAUUCAUGUUGGAUUCAUUAGGAUAUGGAUUUAUGCCAAGUGCAUGGAUAAUUUACUAUUUGAAAAUUACUUUUAAGUUAACUGCUAUGGCAUUAGGUACAUUAUUUUUCAUUACUAAUAUGGUUGAUUCAGUAUCUUCAUUACCAUCAGCAUUUUUCUCGAAAUUUUUAGGUCCUGUCAAAGCUAUCUUGUUCACCCAAGUCCCAUCAGCUAUUUUCAUGGGAUUGAUUACUUUUUGUAAUAGUUAUAUACCUGUUGCUGGAUUAUUGGUGUUAUAUUAUACUACAAGUACAAUGGAUGUUGUUCCAAGACAAAUAUUAUUAACUUCAAUCAUGCCAAAAAGAGAUAUUACAAAAGUUAUGGGUAUAGUUAAUAUUGGUAAAACUUUGGCACGUUGUGUUGGGCCUAUAAUAACUGGUAAACUUGCCAGCGUGGAUAAAUUAUACUUGGGUUUUUUAAUCAAUUCAAUUUGUGUGCUUCUAGCUGAUGUUGUAUUAGCCAGUAACUUUCUACAUUUGGAUAAAGAUAUCAAAUUGAAACAAAGUCUUGUACAAAACAUCGAGUAG